AUGUCUCUCCUCCCCUCUGACCCCGCCGCCGGACAAGUGGAAGAGGCUGCGUCCUCGGUCUGCACUCCUGAGCACUGCUACCAUGCGUUCGAUGCAUUGUACUGCGCCCUGACGGGCAGCGACCCGAUCCCUACCAAGUUUGCAGACGAGAAAUACCCUCUCUUCGUUACUUGGAAUACACGAUCCUCUCGUCGGCACCCGAGACUAAGGGGCUGUAUCGGCACUUUCGAGGCCCAACCCCUCAGCGAAGGUCUGGCUGAAUACGCCCUCAUCAGCGCCUUCAGGGACCAUCGAUUCAGGAAGAUCGAAGAGAAGGAGCUUUCCAGCCUGGAGUGCAAGAUCUCCUUGCUCACGGACUUCGAGGAUGCAUCUUCCUACCUGGACUGGACCAUAGGCGUCCAUGGCAUCAGCAUCUCUUUUCCUCAUCCUUCUCUGAUCCCUUCGUCCACGCCGUCCACGGAGCCCGGCUCUCCGUUCUCCAGUACGCCAUCUCUUCCUCGCUUCACAUCCAAGCAGUCCUUCUCUGCUACAUACCUCCCCGAAGUCAUGCCUGAGCAGGGAUGGGAUAAGAUCGAGGCUAUAGACAGCGCUAUCCAUAAAGCAGGGUGGACUGGCCGUAUCACAGAGGAUCUCCGUCGUAGCAUCAGACUCAGGAGAUACCAGAGCAGCAAAUGCACUGUAGGAUGGGACGAUUACGUAGAAUGGCGGCAACGGAAUGGCGGUGACAUUUGAGCAGUCUGCUCAGUAGAGCCUCCACCUUCUUGCCAAUGUACCAAUCGGGUUAUAGACGGCUGUACAAUAUACGGACUUUUCACGCCAGAGUUUGAUUAUACUUUCUACAAUGUAUUCCGGAUUAGAUCUAGCAAAGCCUUUUGACUAUGACGCUCAUUGCUGUGCGAUAUAAUAGCCUCGAAUCGCCUGAUACGCUCACUCCAGUGGCCAGGGUAUCUCCCCUGAAGACGAGACCACACGUCCCUAAGUCUAACGACGUCUGCGUCGCUCGUCUUGAUAAAUGCCACGAUAAUCCACCACACCAUCCGGUCGCUGGGGUGAACAUCGCCGGGCAGGUCCAAGAAGUUCCGGAAAACGAGGUCCAGAUUUUCCGGGCUCCACGCGAAACCGGAGGGAGAAUCGGACUCGAAGGGGUCGCCCGGCUCCUGCUGCGAAAUAACGGGGAUCAAGCCAGUCGAGGCCACAGAAGGUCGGCCGUACCGCGCAAACCCGUAGAAAAUCGCUCGGUAGGCGGCAAGAGUGGGCGUAAAGGUCGGAGGAUCAGUGUCCGAGCGUCGCGACCCGUCAAGGGGGCUAGAGAGCAUGUCCACAAAGACUUGAAGGGACCUUAUGACAUCCCCUCGAUAGGCAAAGGCUUGGAUUAGGGUGUGGUACGUGACAUGGUCCGGUACCAUGUCAUCGGGUAUGGCCAAGCCAUCGCCAGCGAAGUUCUCCUUCACCGCCAUGAUUUCUUCAUCGUCAAAACCUUCAGAGCCGGACCCUUCCUUAGGCUGUAGAUGAUACCGGAGGACACGGUAGACAUUCCACGCAAGCUCCAGACGACCAUUGCGAGCAAAAGCCCAGAUGAAUGCGUUCACAGCUGCUAUAUCCAGGGGAAUGUCUUGCUCCUUCAUGUGCGACAUGGUCUGCCGGAUGGCCACACUGUCAUUCUUGUGAGUGAAGUAGCGGAGCAGGACAAGGUGGGUGAUGCGGUUCGGAGGGAUCUUGCUAGCUCGGAAAAGUGACAGCGCGUGACGGACGGCAUUCGAAUCCAACGUUCGGCCUGCGAUGUUGAGGAGCGUGGUGUAUGUAUAUACAUCAGGUGCCAAGCCUUUCCCCUUGGAUGACUCUAAGGCCCCGUUGUCAUCACCACGUCCCGACGCCCCUGGAGCGCGCUGCGACGCCAGAAUGUCAUUCAGAACAGCAAGAGACCGUUGAUAGUCCGCAAACUGCGUCUUCCGAGACCCUUUUCCCGCGCAGUCCAUCAGCGCGUUCCACUCCCAGAGAUGGACGGUUCCGCCUGUCUUCCUGAGAGUGUUUAUGACAGAGUACAGCUGCAAGAACUCGUUCCGGGUGCGCGGCUUGACGGAUGUGAUGAGGCGCGCCAGGCGGUGCAGGUGCGCGAAAGGAAUCUGCGGCUCUUCGCCGGGUG